AUGGAUCCCUCCACUGGUGUUACCAACAGUUCCAGCCUCCAGAUUUCCCAGUUCAUCCUCAUGGGGCUCCCAGGUAUUCACACCUGGCAGCACUGGCUCUCCCUGCCCCUGGCUCUGCUCUACCUCUUAGCUCUUGGUGCCAACAUCCUCAUCAUGAUCACCAUCCAACGUGAGGUCAUGCUGCACGUGCCUAUGUAGCAUUUUCUGGGCAUACUGGCCGUUGUGGACAUGGGCCUGGUCGCCACCAUCAUGCCCAAGAUCCUGGCCAUUCUCUGGUUUGAUGCCAAGGCCAUCAGCCUCCCUGAGUGCUUUGCUCAGAUCUAUGCCAUCCACUCUUUUAUGGGCAUGGAGUCAGGCAUCUUCCUCUGCAUGGCUGUUGAUAGAUAUGUGGCCAUCUGCUACCCCCUUCGGUACCCCUCCAUAGUCACCGAGGCUUUCGUGAUCAAAGCCACACUGUCCAUGGUGCUCAGGAAUGGCCUGCUGACCAUCCCAGUGCCCAUCCUGGCUGCCCAGCGACACUACUGCUCCAGGAAUGAAAUUGACCACUGCCUGUGCUCUAACUUGGGGGUCACCAGUCUGGCCUGUGAUGACAUCACUGUGAACAGAUUUUACCAACUGAUCUUAGCUUGGAUCCUGAUUGGCAGUGAUAUGGCUCUGGUUUUUUCUUCUUACGUGUUAAUCCUUCACUCUGUGCUAGGGUUGAACUCACCAGAAGCAAUGUCGAAGGCUCUGGGUACCUGCAGCUCCCAUCUCAUCCUCAUUUUCUUCUCCUACACAGGUAUCAUUGUGCUGUCUGUCACACACCUUGCAGAGAAAAAGAUCCCACUAAUCCCUGUACUCCUUAAUGUGCUGCACAAUGAUAUCCCCCCUGCACUCAGUCCCAUGGUCUAUGCACUCAGGAUGCAGGAGCUGAGAUUGGGCUUCCAGAGACUGCUUGGCUGA